UUUUGCAUCACUGUCCCUAAUUCUUGGUGGUCGGGUGAAAACGGAAAACGUUGAUAUAGAAGAACGGUCGGUCGUGGCAGUGUGUGGGUCGGACUAUUCUCGGAUAUGUCAGAAGUUGUGACAAUUCUCCAGCGAGCAACACUACGCAACGCCAAAUACGCACAAUUGAGUCAUUUUAUUGUUUGGAGAAUGAGCUUGUAAUUAAAAACAAUAAUUGGAAGAGGGCAAUCGAGGUUUGUUGGUGGAUUGUGAAGAUAAUCGAUAAUUAAAGAUAAUAAGCUACAUUUAAAGACGAAAAUGGCCGUAGAAGUUUUUCACGGUUCGUGGCAGAUUGUGGAGAUUGUCAAUAUUUCCAACUUCAGAAAUAAUGUACCAACUGCUGCUCACGGUGCUGUAUUCGUUUUGAAAGAAAAUGGGGAUAUCGAUUGGAUACUUGGGCCUGAUAUCGAUAGAGCAUUUCCACUCUUUCAAUGCAACUGCUAUGAGGUGGUUCAUACCUUCGUGGGGGUGUGUAUUCAACUGGGCGCUUUGUCCGGACAUGUGUUUGAGUUUUGGGUAGACAGACCUGUCCCACGGGAUAUGAUGCUGUUGACCUUUGAGGGGUGGUGCAUGCUCCAAUGUCAUCAAAUACCGACGAACAAACCCCCCUUGGAUUUCCCAUUCUCACUACUGCCAGCGCUGACGGAUUCGUACUUUUCGGAUAUGAUCCUGCCUCUGAAGAAGGUGGCUGAGUCGGAAGACACUGUGAAAGCAGCGACGAAAGACGCAGUACCAACAGAAUCACUGGAUGUCUUUGCAUACGCAAGAGAGUUUAAGGUGCAUUCGUUAAUAAUGGAGUUUACCGAUUGUGAUCUCAAACUGAUAUCUCAGUUGUCACCCGAUGUACUCGAAGUAGUUCUGCACUAUCUCUAUUCUCAGAGUCUGCCUUUAUCCCUCUCGGAAGAUUUGGCUCGUCGGUGCAUAAAUCAAGUCCCAAAGACUAUGACGGCUUUUGUUACAUUAUGUGAAGAUUACAUUCGCAGAAUCGUCAUUAAAAAUAAAAUUGUGAAACUGGUCAAUGAAGUCCAUGCUCGUGCAGAAGCCAUGGCAGUCGCUUUUCAAGAUCACUCAGUGAUUUCAAAAACCAGAUUUGGUCAUGUGACGAAAGAAGCUUUACGUGAUGGUGGGGUAGCCUUUCUGAAAUUAGUGGAAUUGUGUGUCGUCUAUGGGGAGGAGUCACCAUCCCUGGAUAGGAAUGAAAGCGUUGAAAUCCUCCGCUAUGCCAAAACGAGACUACCCAUAUUUCUGAACCAGUUUGUUGCACUGUUGCGAAAUAUCAAAAAUGAUUUCUCAACGGUUAAGACAGCAGAUAGGAACGAUAUCGCGGCUCACGUCGCACCGCAGAUUGAAACUUUGUUGGAAGCACUCUCAAGCUUAUUUCAAGAAGGCAGAUUGGCGUGUACCAAUAUUUGGUCAAAGUGGUCAACCAGUGGAAGUAAUAAGACGACAUCCACUCCCACGCCAGAAACGCCGGCGAGUACCACAGCAGGAAUCGAUAGUCUUUCGGAAGCUUUAUUCGCCAUCUUCAGAAAAAGAGAAGUCAUAAAACUACAUCAGUUGCAGGCACAAUUAUCUGCGAUGCAUCUGUAUCUUCACCAGAAGCAGGAAAACUUUGAAGAAAUGAGUACUGAAGUGAAAGUACGAUGUGUUUCAAGAAAUUUGGAACAACUCAUUGAAGAGCUGCCCGUUUUUUUGCUUCGUCUGGAAGAAAUAAUGAUGGCGUUUGAUGAUCGAUUUCAAUGGAAGGAUUUCAAAUUCUGUUUGCAACUCGCAAUUUCUCAAGUCUGUCAAACUGUGCAGCAUCUCAGGAAGGAGAAGGAUGAACUAAAGAAAUUCCUAAUGUCCUUGUCCGAGCUAGUGCACAGAGAUGAAUUUCAUCAAAGUUUGGUUAAUCUCGGCCUAAUAGAAGUUCAACAGGGAGACGAGUCGUCAUCUUGUUCCUCUGCUAUGACUAAUAAUAGUGAUAACCUAGCAUCAGGCCAGAACGUGAACGCUGGAAUGGAAGCAAUUUCUAAACCUGUCACUUCAGCGAAGCCUUUAACUACAAGUGCGGAUUUUACUAGUAAACCAAACUGUGGGUUCUCUGCCAUAUUUCCCACACGUGAUCUAAACCUCUUUGAAAACCUGUGUACUCCUCAGGUUUCAAGAAACAGUUUCCUAGCCAAGAGUGCAAAAAUUUUGUUUGAGUCGAAAAUUGGUUCUGACAUGGUUUUUGAAAUCGUGCAAGAUGGUGAGCCAGUAGAAAUUCCAGCGCAUCGGACAAUAGUAGCUGCACGGUGUGACUGGAUUCGACGAGCAUUAUUAUCAGGAAUGAAAGAGUCUAUACAAAAGAGAAUUAUUAUCCACGAUUGUUCAGUUUCUGUAUUUCAACUUUUCUUGUGUUUCAUCUACACUGGACAAAUGACGACAGAUGUAACAUUAGAAACUCUAUCUGAAUUAAUUGCAUUGGCAGAUCGGUAUGAGAUGGAUAUUUUGAAGCUAUAUUGCGAACAAGAAUUGACCGUCCGACAUUUGGAUGAGGCUUCUGUAAUUUUCCUGCUCAGCAUGGCCGAUCAGUACAAUGCUCGAACUCUCCGGAGUUCAUCAAUCGAAUACAUCACUGCCAAUCCUGGAAUAAUGGGAAAAGAAAUGUUUGAGGAACUCAGCCCAGAAUUGCAAAUGGAAGUUUAUGACAUUACAAUGUGGUCAAAACCAAAGAAAGUGUAUUCCAUUCCUGAAGAACUUUUCAAUUGUCCUCGCUACUUGCUUGUACCCGAUUCACCCUCAGAUGACGAUUCUUCUCCAGGGUCACCACCACCACCAAGUGCACCAACCAUUUGAAUAUCAUCCUUCGUAUUCGUGAUAAUGCAGAUUACAGAUUUUUUUGUUAAUCGCUCAUAUAUUUAUUACUGCUUUUAAUAGAAGUAAUGUUAACAAGGAA